CAGAUAAGCAGCGAGCCCUAGAAGAAACCAAAGCCUACACCACCCAAUCCUUAGCGAGUGUUGCCUAUCUGAUAAACACCUUGGCCAACAAUGUCCUGCAGAUGCUGGAUAUCCAGGCAUCCCAGCUACGAAGGAUGGAAUCUUCAAUCAAUCAUAUUUCACAAACAGUUGAUAUUCAUAAAGAGAAAGUUGCAAGAAGAGAAAUUGGUAUUUUGACUACCAAUAAAAACACUUCAAGGACGCACAAGAUUAUUGCUCCAGCCAACCUUGAGCGACCAGUUCGUUAUAUUAGAAAACCUAUUGACUACACAAUUCUAGAUGAUAUUGGACAUGGAGUAAAGUGGUUGCUUAGAUUUAAGGUGAGUACCCAGAAUAUGAAGAUGGGAGGGCUGCCACGUACAACUCCUCCAACUCAGAAACCCCCAAGUCCCCCUAUGUCAGGGAAGGGGACACUUGGGCGGCACUCCCCCUAUCGCACACUGGAGCCCGUGCGUCCUCCAGUGGUACCAAAUGAUUACGUCCCCAGCCCAACCCGUAAUAUGGCUCCCUCGCAGCAGAGCCCUGUGAGGACAGCUUCUGUGAAUCAGAGAAAUCGAACUUACAGCAGUGGGAGUAGUGGAGGAAGCCACCCGAGCAGUCGGAGCAGCAGUCGUGAGAACAGUGGAAGUGGGAGUGUGGGGGUCCCCAUUGCUGUUCCCACCCCCUCUCCUCCCAGUGUCUUUCCAGCCCCUGCUGGCUCUGCUGGCACUCCUCCCCUUCCUGCUACUUCUGCAUCUGCCCCUGCCCCUCUUGUUGCUGCUACUGUCCCUUCCUCCACUGCCCCAGACGCUGCGGCUGGGGGUGCCCAGACCCUUGCUGAUGGCUUCACUUCUCCAACUCCCCCUGUUGUUUCUUCCACUCCCCCUACAGGUCAUCCUGUUCAGUUCUACAGCAUGAAUAGACCUGCCUCUCGCCACACUCCUCCAACAAUAGGGGGCUCAUUACCCUAUAGACGUCCUCCUUCCAUAGCUUCACAAGCCAGCCUUCAGAGUCAGAUGAACGGAGGACCUUUUUAUAGCCAGAAUCCAGUAUCUCUUGCUCCUCCUCCUCCCUCCAUCCUACAGGUAACUCCUCAGUUACCUUUAAUGGGAUUUGUGGCCAGAGUCCAAGAAAAUAUUUCAGAUACACCACCUCCACCACCACCUGUGGAAGAACCAGUCUUUGAUGAGUCGCCUCCUCCCCCUCCCCCUCCAGAAGAUUAUGAAGAGGAGGAAGCAGCAGUGGUUGAGUAUAGUGAUCCUUAUGCUGAAGAGGACCCGCCAUGGGCUCCAAGAUCUUAUUUGGAAAAGGUUGUGGCGAUUUAUGACUAUACAAAAGACAAGGAAGAUGAGCUGUCCUUUCAGGAAGGAGCCAUUAUUUAUGUCAUCAAGAAGAACGACGAUGGUUGGUAUGAGGGCGUUAUGAACGGAGUGACUGGGCUGUUCCCUGGGAAUUAUGUGGAGUCCAUCAUGCACUAUUCUGAGUAAGCUCUUCAAGCUGUGCUUCCCCCACGGGACGGUCAGGUCUUCCCAGAUUAUUUCAAGGCCCUGGGGAUUCCACUCCAGUAAAACAGAAUGAAGGAUACAAAUGAUAAAAACUACUUUUUUUUUUUUUUUUUUUUUGGUUUAUUGCCCAGUAUUAAAACAAAAAAGCAAGCUGAGUCUGAACAAAUGGAUCUUUCUGCCAAUAUUUGUACUAUGCUGAGCUGUUUGGAUUGAAAUAAAGUGACUAUUUCUGAAUAGGUCAGAGGUACAACAUAACCUGUAGCUAAAACAAGUCAGAUUAAGACCCAUUCAUAAAAAUCUGGGAUCUUUCUCAGGAAAACCGCGCACCCUUGGGGUCUCUCCUGUAGCGCCUGUGGCACUGGUUGCUCCUCGUUGCCUUUGCUAAGGGGCUGGUCUCGUGACCCGGUGGGGAACCCCAGCCCUUCAUUUUCUUUCACUCGUAUGGAGAGGAGGGACUUAGUGUUUAGAUAGCAUACUUAGCCAUUUUUACAAUCACUUCAAGUGGCUUUCCCCCUCUUUAACACCGCAAAUUCUGCAUUCUCUCAGCAUCCGGGUGCACCAAGCGGUGUACUGCUGGACGCACUGGCAUCCCUUCAUGUGGCUCCGUUGGUAGAUGGGAAGGUGGGUGAACUGUGGAGGAGGCUUCACAGCGGCCACAGUGCUUUCUGUGCGCUGUCUGUGAUGGCAUUGUCUCUGAGGUCUGGCGUGAAACGUGUAGCUCGUGAAUAGGCGGAGGCAGGUAUGUGAAGCCAGUCGUGAGGUUCUCAUGGCUCUGAGGGGCCUGACCCAUAGAAAAGUUCUCAGCGGCAUCCUGCAGCCCUGCUUAGGUGUUUUGAAGAGCAGGCUCUUGGAGGUAAGACCAACUAUCACUAUCAGUUCUUUCACUAUUUAGAAAAGCAGUUUGUUUUUAGAAGAGAACAGUGGGUAUUUCAAAUUUCAUUACAGUCACUGGAAAUGAGAGGCUUGUGCCUGUGCUCGCUGGAUGUUGUUACUGGCCAAGGUUCGUUGCUGCUGGGCCAUUUACUCACUCAAGUCUAGAAAAGGUCAGCACUCUCCUGAUUUUGUGUGGCUAGACUCAAGUAGCUGCACUUAGUAAGAGUUUGACCCUAAUAUCUCCGAGUAAGAACAUAAUUUUGGGAUAAGGGUAACAGGCCAAAAUACUUACCCAAUCACUGAUAAAAAUUAAUAUCACUUUGAGAGAACAAUAACAAAAAGAAUCCCCAUCUGAACAGUAAUCACAGCUUCAGAUUCAGUGGUGUUGGUAGGGCAGUUGGGUUAAUGGUCAUGACUGUCAUCGGGAGAAUGAACACUGAGGAGACUCUGGCAGCCUGCCCUCUGUGGGUGGAGGCUGUGGUGUUGUGCAGCUCCAGGGCUUGGCCAGGUAGCACCUACCUGGGUGAAAGGGAUAGGUGGCAGCUGCAUGCAUGUCACAUGUCGUCGGCCUAGAACGUGGUGGAAUAGUUCAGAUGGGGACUGGCUGAGAGACGAAUGCAUGUGGUAUUGUGUGAGGAACCUCAGAAGUGUGGCAGAAGGUAACAUUCCACUUGUAAGUCUGUUGUCUGAGCUGUAGCCCACCUAGAGUUUCCUAAUCAGGACCCUUUUUUGUUUUAAAGUUGCAGUUUUAAAACACAUCGCGAGUAGCUAUUUUGCUUUUAGGUUUUCUCAGCUCUGCUGCUCUUGCUUGCAUUGACUUGCCUGCAGUACACUCCCCACUUUGUUUUCCUCUGUGCCACUUAUUCCUUCUUUUCCUGCAGAGUAAUGGCCCCGGGUGUCCUCUAAGCCUUGAGCUCCAUUAUGGGUUCAGAGUAGACCAUGCUGGGAUAGGUUGAGCUCUUCUUAGCACCGGCAUAUAGCCAGGAAUGCAGUUUUAAAAUUAGAUGUUCCAGUUAUUUAAAUGGCUUUUUGCUGAGAAAGCUGAGUGGAUUAUUGAGGCAGAGUGUUUUGAAAUCCACAAAAUAGUUCUCACAGCUCACCACUACAGAAGCAGAGGAGACAGCUGCAGUAGAGGUGGGGACCUUUGGCAGGAGCGCGGCGGGCUGGGGAGCCCUGCUGGACUGCGGAGGACACUGGACACAUCCUUUGUCUGGAAGAACUGCAGUGGGGGAUUCAUGAGUCAGCCAAGGUUCUUUAUUAUUUCGCACUAAUGUGUGUGUGGCUUUUGUUUUACAAACAAUACCUGUUGAAUUUUCUGCAUAUUUUAAAAUUUCUGUACAGUUUUGAAUUCUGUAGAUUGUCUUGGAAGGAUACCAUAUAAUGAGGAUGGUCAUGGCCUGAGGUAAUGGAGACUUUAAUGUGUGUAGUAUUUCAUAGGUUGCAUGCUAUUAACAGCUUGUGAGGGUAUUUCCUGUUUUGUUGUAAGUUUCCCUCGUUUAUCUUUUUGUAAACUAAAAGAUGGUUGGUAUUAGGAGUUACAAAUGAAUUCAGAAGGUCUUAGCAACCUCUAUACUAUUAACAUUGUAGCAAAGAUGACCCAACUGUAAAAUCUCCUGACCAGGAAGCAGCCAUUUCCUCAGGAUGGAGGGUAUGGGGAAGGGUUCUUCCCUCCAGAAGUGUGUGUGAGACUGUGUGUCCACCCCCCCCCUUUAAAGGAGUGACUGAACAGUUGUCUUUUUUGCUGUUAAUACUCGAAAGACCAUGGGGCUAUGAAUGAAAAUACAUUUUCUUGUUGUCUUUGACCUUAUGUCCAAAGGCAAUAAAUAGGAAACAAAAAUAGUGCCAAUGUGUUGAAAUUGAGACCUGAGCCAUCUAGCCUGCUGUUUGGAACGAGUCUUUCCAGCUGUCUUAAUAUUUUACAUCUUUUGGCUACUUGCUCCUCUCUCCCUCAGAGGCAUUUGCUAUCCCCAUCUUACCGGGGAAAGGGCUUGCUAAUUUUGCAGCUCCUAAAGGGUGAGGAACAUUUCAUCCCCUUCUCCUUCCUCAGACUGCUGUUCUAGUCCAGCUAGAGGGAAUGCUUAUGCACCUUCACGGUAAUGCCUGUGGUGCUGCUGUGCUCCUUAGUGAGUUGUAUGUGGAUUAAAGAGAAUUCCUGAAGAUUUUUGUUUGGGAGGCACCGAAAUGAUAGUUUACUUUUAUCAUUUUGUGUUCAUUUUCUUUUAGUAGGUAACCCUUCUGCAUUAAGAUCUGCUCUUAUUUUCUUUUCUCCUCCAUGGAGAGAGCAUGGCAAGUCCUGAAGACCGUCUUUACUUUUGAAAAGGUUUGAUGGAGGACUUGAUAGGCGACUGCCAGAUCUUUGGAGUGGGGGAUCUGUCCACUCACGGACAUCUUGGCCAGGACCUCUUAACUGGUGUGAAGGUGGCAAUUCCUCCCACAUGACCUACUUAGAAUUACAGGGUUUUACAGCUAGAUGGGAUUUUAAAGUGCUAUUUCACGUGGCUGAUGAGGCGAGAUGUUACCUUGCAGAGAAGAGCUGUAGUAAGUUAGAGCUUCUGACUGCAUGCCCAGUACGCUUUCCUGCACUACAACUGUCUUAAAUGUGCUGUAUUUUUCUUUAUAAAUUAAGAGUUCUACUUGAUGUUUUCGGGAAUAUACUUAAAAAGAUGUGCCAACAGAAUUGCUUAAAGGAGUGUACUAAGUGCAACCUUAAUUAGUGAAAAUAAUCUUAUUUGCCCCCUUGAAACUUCACUCAGCAUAAACAUUCUUCCGUAAGGUAUGUGGAGUAAAAAUGUAUCCUGUUAGUUCAACACUAGCAGGAGCACAGCAUAGCAAACAGCCUUAUUUGAGAGCCUUAUAAAAGUUACUAAAUGGAGGCAUUGAGCUGUUACCUUUGUUUAUUCUUUAUGCUGUUCUUUGUUCCUAUUUUAUUGAGAAUCUCACAGAUCUAAAAAAAAAAAUUGUGAAUGAAAUGACAGGGCCUAGCUGUGUAUAAAUGAUCCUUGCUAAAUAUCUUAAGGUUUUUUUGUAAAAAAAUAAUAAUAAAGCUUAUUUUCACAUUAAAAUGAAACCUCUUUUGCAACUUCAGAAUUCUAUGGAAAAGCAGUUUUUAUCACAUUUUGUAUCCAUGUACCAUUUUUCUUAAAAUGGUUUACAAAAAAGAAUAUAAGCAGUGUGUGAUCUGGCCAGUAGUACUUUCAGCUCCCCGAGGGAGAGCCAGUGGUGUUAUGAAAGGAGUGAAUACCAUUCAGGAAAGCAUGAGGGAGCCGUCUGUUGCCGGUGAUGUUCCUUGUGUGCCAUCCAACCACCUCCAGAUGAGUGGGGAACGUUCACUUUUUAAUUUUUUAAUUGUAUUUGGAAUUAAUCGUUGCUGUGUACUAAGAACUUGACCUCAAUAAAUCCCCACAAAGUAUA